AGACUAGCAUUAUUCUUCUCCUUCUCUCCUUUCUCUCCAUCUCAAUCGCACUUCCCGAGGGCAGCUUUUCGCACCUUUAACUGGCUUCUUUUGGAUUUCGGACAUCACGCUACAACCUGAUAGCAAAAGCUUUUUGCAGUUGAUCCAAUCAAUUUGAUCCAAACUACCGAGAAGAAAACGAAUUUCAUAAAGUCUGAGUUUUGUUCUCAUCCCAUUGUGGAAUAAUGGAUAUAAGUACAAUGAACCCUGGACAACUGACUCACUUUGGAUCUGCAUUUUGUGUGAUGCUUACAAUGCACUUCACAGUACAGUUAUUGUCGCAACAUCUCUUUUUCUGGAAGAACCCAAAGGAGCAGAAGGCUAUUAUAAUUAUUAUCUUUAUGGCUCCCAUAUAUGCAAUUGACUCAUUUGUGGGUUUGUUAGAUAUCCGGGGAAGCAAAGCGUUCUUCAUGUUUUUGGACUCUAUUAAGGAAUGUUAUGAGGCUCUGGUGAUUGCUAAGUUCCUGGCUUUGAUGUAUAGUUACCUGAAUAUAUCUAUUAGCAAAAAUAUUGUGCCAGAUGGUAUUAAAGGAAGAGAAAUUCACCAUUCAUUUCCAAUGACUUUUUUCCAGCCUCAUGUUGUGCGACUGGAUCACCGUACCCUUAAGCUCCUCAAAUAUUGGACGUGGCAGUUUGUCAUCAUCCGCCCACUUUGUUCUAUCUUGAUGAUAACACUACAAAUACUUGGCAUGUACCCCAGUUGGUUGAGCUGGACAUUCACCUUCAUUCUAAACAUUUCAGUUUCACUGGCCUUAUAUUCUCUAGUUGUCUUUUACCAUGUGUUUGCAAAGGAACUUGAACCACACAAGCCACUUGCAAAGUUUCUGUGCAUCAAGGGGAUUGUCUUCUUCUGCUUUUGGCAGGGAGUUGUGCUUGAAGUACUAGCUGCAAUGGGUAUUAUUCGGUCUCAUCAUUUUUGGUUAGACGUGGAGCACAUUGAAGAAGCUAUACAGAAUGUGUUGAUAUGUUUGGAGAUGGUUGUGUUUUCUGUUCUCCAGCAAUAUGCGUACCAUGUUGCACCUUACAGUGGAGAAGUUGAAUCUAAGAUGAUAUUAAAUAAGAAGAACGAGUGAUUUGAAACAGCCCAAUAGGAAGUGGGAAACUAUAAAUUCAUCGAGCAUAGUGAUAUGGAUAUGGACUAUGGAGGUUAUGUUAUGUAGAGAAUAUCAUGUUCGUGGUUUGAAAGACGAGAUUUGUACCAAUAAUUUUGCUGCUUGACUGUUGUUAUAAUACUACCCCCUUGUCUGUUCUACUCAAAACUUUUAUUUUGAGCGAGUAUAAACUAUAAAGUCUAAUUAAAAUAAAUAAACAAAACAGUUUUACA